AAUAGAUGAGAAUUGUAUUGUUAAUCAAAUAUGUUUAUACAAAUACUUUAGAUAAACUGAUAAAUAAUUUUUCUUACUUAUGCCGAUGUAAAUAUUUUAAAGUAGCGGUUAAAAGCUGCUAAUUGUUAAAAAAUUUCCAAAAUAAAUUCAUUAUCAUAAGGGUAAAAGACAAAAUUGCAAAAUAGUAUAAAUUUCGUAUAUCACAGUAUAUAUUUUAUAAUUCCAAAAAAAAUGAACUUUUUUAAAACUUUGGCUUCAACAAGACUUAAUAGGUCAUUUUGCACGCAGAUUGUAAAUGAAGGAAAGCAAGUAAAAAAAAAAAUUUGCGUUGUUGGGGCUGGUCCUGCCGGAUUUUAUGCUGCUCAAUAUCUAUUAAGACAUUUAGAAAAUUGUGAAAUUGAUAUGUUGGAAAAACUUCCAGUUCCAUUCGGCUUGGUUAGAUUCGGCGUAGCUCCAGAUCAUCCAGAAGUAAAAAAUGUCAUAAAUACGUUCAACAAAACUGCUGAAAAUAAAAAUUUUAAAUUUUUUGGAAAUUGCGAAUUAGGACGAGAUUGUACAUUGAAAAAUUUACGAGAAAAUUAUCAUGCAAUUAUUUUAGCAUAUGGUGCAGAACGAGAUAAGGACUUAGAAAUUAUAAAUGAAGAUGUAAAUAAAGCUAUUUCAGCACGAAGUUUUGUCGCUUGGUAUAAUGGUUUGCCUGGAGCAGAAAAUCUUGAUAUUAAUUUAAAUAUUGAUAUUGCAUCCAUUAUUGGACAGGGAAAUGUUGCUAUUGAUGUUGCCCGAAUUUUACUGUCACCAGUCGAUGUUUUAAAGAAAACUGACAUUACUCAAUUUGCUUUAGAAAAACUUUCUGAAUCAAAAGUUCAAAAGGUACGUUUGAUUGGAAGACGAGGACCACUACAAGCAGCUUUUACAAUAAAAGAAUUAAGAGAAAUGUUGAAACUACCUAAUGUUAAUACAAUAUGGAGGAAACCCGAUUUCCACGAUAUUCGAGCACAAGUGACAAGUUUGUCAAGACCUCGUAAACGCCUGACUGAACUAAUGUUAAGCAGUUUAGACAAUCAACGAGAAACAAAAAGUGGGGAUAAAGAAUUUAUUCCAAUAUUUUUGAGAUCCCCUAUUCGAGUUACAAAAACUGAAAUUGAAUGUUGCAUAAAUAGAAUUGAAAAUGAAAACGCUAUUCCUACAAAUAAAAUCGAAAUGUUUCAAAAUGAUUUACUGCUGAAAAGUAUUGGCUAUAAAUCAAUAUGUUGCGACGAAGAUAUAAAUUUUGAUGACAAAAGUGGUUGUGUUGUAAAUCGAUCUGGAAGAGUUUUAUCAAAAGAUGCAGGAAAAAGUGGUGAAGAAAACGUGUAUGAAAAAGGUCUUUACGUUACGGGUUGGUUAGCCACUGGGCCUACUGGUGUAAUUUUAUCAACAAUGAAUGGAGCUUUUGCAGUGGCCAAAGCAGUUUGUGAUGAUAUUAAUUCAAAUUUUAUAAAAACAUCUGAAAAUAAGCCGGGAAUAAAUACAAAAAAUUUAAAUAUAGUUACGUGGAAUUCUUGGAAAAUUAUAGAUAAACAUGAAGUGGAUGAAGGAAAAAAGUUGGGUAAACCAAGAGAAAAAAUAAUUGAUAUAAACAAGAUGCUUGAACUGAGCCAAAAUAAAUAACUUUUUU